UUUCGUCUAGAUUUAAGUCUCCAUGCAGGUGCCGGAAAUUUUUUUUGGAAUUUGGAAUUUGGGAACCAAACACGGCCUGAAAAUCCUUGUACAAGUUUUCUGUUUCGGCGUCCUUGGCGGCGUGCUCGGUGAUGCGCUUUGGAGGUCAGUCUCCUCUGCUUUUGCGAGGUGGCGGAGGAUCUCUUCCCCGAUGGUGGGAUUCACUUCCGGCUUGUCGGCUUCUUCGCCGGUGAGGUUGGAACCCUUUGCUGGGUUGCGUGCUUCCUUCGUUGGAGCAGGCAAUCUCGGCCAUUUCCUUCUCCGGCAUCGACGGGAGGCGGCCGAUACUCGUUCAAGGUUCCAGAUGCACCAUGGGCGGGCCCGUGAUGCUGACUUCUGCGGCACAUCCAAAGCUUGGCGCUUCCUGACGGGCUGGGGUGAGGAGUUGCUCCCGGUGGCGACGGCGUGUAUCACCGGCGCCGGCGGGAGCGGAUGGAAGACGACGAUGGGUUGCCUCAUGGGCUUUCUUGUAAUUUUUCUUUUUUCUGAGGACCCAUCUGUAAUUGGGGUGUGCACUGUGCGUUAAUCAAUAUCCUUUUCCCCUCGCAAAAAAAAAAGAAAUGCUCGAUUGGAGUUUGAUCUGACCGAAAAGAAAUGCUCUAAAACGCGCCGCCUAGAUUGCACCUUAUCUUCUCUCGCACCGACGCAUCCCGCGCCAAUGGCCCUGAACAACCUCCUGAACCUUCCUCCCUCCAAGGUCGCGCUCAAGCCCCCUCUCCCGCCUCUCCCGACGCGCCCGUCCCUCUCCGCGCAGCCGCGAGGGACCCCUCUCCGUCGCUCCCUCACCUCCCGCAGCGAGCCGACGCGGCGCCUCCACUCGUCGGCGUCGUCCCCUCCGUCGGACGCCGCGCCCUCGCCGACGCCGCCGUCGUCGAGAGAGGACGCCGUCGCGCAGGCGCGGUCCUGCCUCGCCGCGGCGCUGCAGAAGCCGCUCGGCAGCUCGGUCCCGCUCAAGAAGCUCAAGCGGCAGCGGCAGCCCCGGCUCCGCGCCGAGAUCCCCGUCGUCGACGACUCGCCGGCCUCCCUCGCGCGCCUCGCGCUCGACGUGUUCUCGGGCGGCGCGGGCGUGUCGAGGAAGGGCGCGCCGGCGAGGCUGCUGCUCGUGUGGCCCUCGGCCGAGGCGCUGGCGGUGGCGCUGCGGGAGUUCGAGAGCUCGGGGGACUCGGCGACGGCGCACGCGCAGCUGGGCUCGGAGGCGCCGGGCGCGCUGAGCGCCUGCGACGCCGCGGUGUUCCUGGCCCCGGUGCUGGCGCAGGUGGAGCAGGUGAAGGCCGCCGCCGCCGCAGUGGACCCCAAGCCGGUGGUCCUGUUCAACCCGGCGUGGAGCUUCGACGAGGAGGAGGGGGAAGCGUUCGGCGCCGGGGCGAGGAGCUUCCUGGGGUCUUUCAGCGUGGUGUACUCCUUCACGGGGCUGGAGGUGCGGGGCCUGCUGAGCAAGAAGAGGGGCGUGCUGCUCCGGUGCGUCGACGGCGGGCGGUUCGGCGGCGAGAGCUGGGUGCUCAUGGUGGAGAACGACGGCGGCGCGCCGGUGGGGCAGGAGUUCAGGGUCGUGUCGCGGCUGAAGAAGCGGCCGACGAUAGGCGAGGUGGAGACGAUGCUGUACAACCUCAUGGCCGCCAACUCGCCGGUGACCAAGUCGGCCAGGUUCCUCAGGGAGAUGGUGUCCAAUGUGACCGGAGGAAAGGCCAAGCAGUGAUUCAUCCUGCUUGCAUGUGAGGCUGAUGGUUUGGAUGAUUUUUUUCACGGUGUCCUCUGAAUUCCAUUGUGCCAUGCAUGCAACUGCUUCCGACACGGAUGAGUGGUAGCACACACAUGUACCUGUGUUUGGUUAGUGGUUCAUGGCGCAUUUGCACAAAAAACCUUGGAUGAGGGCACUGCAAUCCUGGUGAUCAGCAAGCAACUUAGGC